UGCAUCAUAUCCACUGUUUGGUGUUUUGCAACCUCUUUGGUUUGGGCCGCUCGUUUAUCCUGCAUUGACCAGCAGCUGCCACCAGGGGACGAAAGGGACACACCGACAGCUCACAUGUACAAAUGUUUGUUUGUUUAUUUAUUUAUUUCCACAUCCAGCUGUUUCACAAUUGAACUAAGGGAGACGCCUCACACACCCUCUGCGUUAUACAUCCUGCAUGAUUUUUCCUCCUAACACUGUUUCCCUUUGCACACACAAGAUGAAACACACACGUAGGAAUUUGUGUGUGUGUGUGUGUGUGUGUGUGUGUGUGUGUGUGUGAGUGUGCGAGCACGUUGUAUAGCAAGUGAAAAAGUCAGUCACAAAAGAAAGCAUUGAGACAGUGAGUGCACGCGGUCGGUCACCUCCGUUUUUCCCUCCACGGCUCUGCGAUCUGCUCUUUGAACCCGGUUCGCCUCAGAUAGUCCCGGUGAAUCGCUCAGACCACAUCAGGACGAAGCGCUGCUCCCGAAAUAAAGGUGGGGGGAAAAAAACUGCACAGCUUCUCGAAGAAAAGUCGAUUUCUGCCAUGGAUCUGUUUCUGCUCAGCCAACAAACUGCACGGAAAUCCUGAGUUUUCUGUACAAUGAUUCCACAAGAGCAGAAAUAGCAGGUUUAUUCACAGGAGGAAACUUUUAACACUUUAAAACCAGAGAUGUUCGACUUGAGAUGCUUUGUUACGUGCGUUUUGGUUUUUUUCACAACAUCCCACAGUAUAGACGUGAUUGACCGGGAUGGACAGGCGUUUCUGGAAUAUAUUUUACACUAUUAUGGUGAAAAUAAAUCGAUUUCAACCGAGAAUCUGGAAGAUUUACUGCUGUUAAUCUCAGCCAGAAGGUCUGAGUCAAUAAUCGAAGGAAAUCCACUGGCAAGCCGAGAGUGUCCCUCAGCAGAGCAGAUUUUGUCCCACUUUGGGUUCAGUAAUGUUAGUCAGCUGACUGUGGGACAUCUGGGGAAGAUCUGUCCCGCUGUGUUGACCCAGGUGCUGCUGCCCUCCUGCCCCUACACCACCCCCAGAACUCUGCCGCCUCUUGACUACACUGUGUGGGGUUACGGGUUUCUGGCCGUCACUGUGAUCAACCUCGCGUCUCUGCUCGGUCUCCUUCUGAUACCCUUCACCAAAAAACCCUAUUUCCCCAAAGUGCUGACCUACUUCAUUGGUCUGGCCAUUGGGACGCUCUUCUCCAACGCUGUACUUCAGCUCAUACCAGAGGCCCUGGGUUUUGAUCCCAAAGCAGACAACUAUGUGGCGAAUGCAGUUGGAAUUUUUGGAGGGUUUUAUCUCCUGUUCUUUGUGGAGAAGAUUCUGAAAAUGGCUCUGGGAAUAGACCAUGAGCAUGGCCACAGCCACUUCACUCCUGCAGAGCUGCCUCAAGAAAACUCCCUUCACAACGGAGACAUAAUGGAGAAAAAGGACUCCAUCAUUUUGACUAGCAUCAGCACCAUUGCCACAGACAGGAGCAGCCCAAACCCAGAAAACGUGACACCUUCUCAGGAUGUCCAGGUGUCUGGUGUGAUGUGCCACUGGCUGCGUGGGCAACGCAUCACCAGCAUCAAGACGGUGGCGUGGAUGAUAACGCUGAGCGACGCACUGCACAACUUCAUUGAUGGUCUGGCCAUUGGUGCUUCGUUCACUGUGUCCAUACUGGCUGGGUUCAGUACGUCCACUGCAAUUGUGUGUGAGGAGUUUCCCCAUGAGCUGGGUGACUUUGUCAUCCUCUUGAACGCUGGUAUGAGCAUCCCACAAGCCAUUUUCUUCAACCUGCUGUCAGCACUUUCGUGUUACAUCGGCCUCGUGUUUGGCAUUCUGCUGGGGAGCAACUUUGCCCCCAAUGCAAUCUUUGCCAUUGCUGGAGGAAUGUUCCUGUAUAUUGCACUGGCAGACAUGUUUCCAGAGAUGGACAGCAUAGCCCGGGAACAGCAACGAACCUCCACCAAGAUCGUCUUCUUCCUGAUCCAGAAUGCAGGGCUGCUGACCGGGUUCACCAUCAUACUACUGAUCACUAUGUUUGCAGGGGAGAUCAACCUCGGCUAGAAGAGAGGAAGACACAAACUGGAAAUAAAAACAGUUAUGAGCUGCUUCCAUUUCUGCUCACAGCUCACUCAGCUGGGCAGGAAAGUGAAUGUAAAGUGAAUGUUUUGUACAAACAAAACUAAAUGUUUAAAGGAAAAAAUAAUGCUUUUUUUAUCUUGACUAUCAAUUUAGAGAAAUGUUUACUCCAUAAAAAGGGAAAAUCUUUACAAUCAUUUGAUGUAUGAAAUCUAGACAAAUUUGU